AUGAUCCACGACUCCUCAUCAUCCCAUAAAAUCGGGAUAUCCUUUCCCUCGGGUGAGCCAACAAUUUUACCGACUAGCAAAUCACACCGUAUCUCUUCCCCGGUUCCUUCUCCGAGGAGGAAGAAGAGGAAGAUGGAGAUAGUGACGAGAGUGACGCGGCGGCACCACAAAAUUCUCCUCCCAGGGGUGUUGCCAACUCAUCCCAUUAGGCUGGGCACCCAUCCUAUCACCAACAAUAUAUGGAUCAAUUCCAGACGACCCAUACCCGCCUCAACACUUACAAUCAAGUUCUCGUGA